AUGCGUUCCAUUUCCUUCGUUCCGGAAGCCAUUCCAGGAAAGGAGCUGCUGGAACUUUUCACCAAGAAAUCGGCAAACAUUGCAGUCGUUGUGGAUGAAUACGGAGGAACGGCAGGUGUGGUGACAAUCGAAGACGUGAUCGAGGAAAUUUUCGGAGACAUCGAAGAUGAACACGAUGUGGAAGAAUGGCUGGAAGAGAAAAUCAGCGACAGCGAGAUCUAA